UAUCUGGUACGUCUUGGGCUCCUCUUCCCACCCUUGGCAUUGCUUGUUGACGUGGGAUCCCUGGCCAUUCCCCAUGACCAAGCGCACGACUCGACAACGCCCACUCAAAUAAAAUCCACUCAACAAGAAGCUCUCUGCAAUCCAUUCCCACAACACUAGACAAGCCUAUGCGGAUCCCUCGAUGCUGCCGUUGAGUGGCUUGAAGGACCCUCGAUUCCCACCCGCCGCCCGCGUCGCAACAAGUCACCUACAGGCACGCUUCCAUUUGGCUUGCGGACCCUGCAUAUCAUGAUCCCGCCCUGUCGUCCACCUCAAUUCCCAGUCCAAUACGUACCCAAGGUGCUCCCCUGCCUUGCAAUUCAUCUCAGACCCUCCACAUCAGUGGCGUUCGUGAGUUGCUUGGAUAGCGGGGGUCCCUUUGCAAACUGCCGUCCGUAGCCUUGCCCACCUUCACUUCUCUGUUCUCUGUCAGUCUUCAGCUCUGAGCACACCCCUCUCCAUAGGCAUCCUAUGCCACCUUGUGUACCCCGUAAUCCUUCUCCUCUGCCAUCGACGCACCCCCUCCGGACAGAAGAACAAGUUAGCGGUGUUUAGUGUUCUUUUUGGUAGGAUCAGGCCUUGAACUGCUACUUGAAUAAUCAAUUGUUUUAAUGAUCUGAAGUCUUCCAUCUUCAAAUCUAUUGAUGCCAUCAUAGCAGGUGUUUAUGUAUUCUUUUCUUGCUGUCUCAUGAAUCUACAUCAUCUCUGGCCUGGCACUGGUAGACCUUGAGGGUUUCUUCCAGGAUUUCUGAUCCAAAUCUCCUCAAAAGUCGCUGAUCUUUGCGCUGUCUGGCACCGCGGACGCUACUAUCUGGGUGCCGUGGACUGUCAAGUCAAGUCAAGUCAAGUUAAGUCGAUUUGUGGAUUAGAGACUGUCUCCAUCAUCUUAUGCAGCCCACAACCCCCUGGUUUGCUGCUUGACCUGGCUACUUGGUCCUACGACCCUACCUCAUCGCACUAACCCUGUCGCUUCAGCCAUUGUGAAAAGACGUCGGCCUGCCGAUCACUUAGACCAGAGUCGUCACACCUUUUUUUUUCUUUCAGAGACGGGGGAACUCCACUCUUCUCCCGCAGCCCAGCCCGUUUCCAGAGGCAGAUUGACGCACGUCAAUUCGCACCCAGACACUUAAGACUUCGCUGAUCCCACCUUGGCCCCGACUCAACUCCCCAUAUCAUCUCCAACCUGGACGGGAUCUUCUGUCUCUGAUCUGUAUCACCGACUUGGCUUUUAUUCUAGUUAGGAUCCCGCAUCUGAUCAACAAACCUUUUUUUUCCCUCUACCACGCAUCUGCCCACCGAUCUAUGUUGAUAUUGCACAUCAACCACUACACUUCACAUCACCAUUAUCACAUACCAAUAUGACCAUGACGCUCGACACCACUCAGCAGCGGUUUGGGCCUUCGUUGAAUUUCGACUAUUCAGCGCCUGCACAUCCACCUGCAUUUUCGAACCCAUGGUCCUCGUCUUCACCAUCACAGCAUCCUCCUGCUGGGAGCAGUCUCUUUGUUGGUAGCCAACCUGCCCUCAACCCAAGCAUCAUGGCCGGAAAGCCACCCCAAAGUCGUGCGAGCACUAGCAGCACUUCUUCAAUGGCCUCAUACGGAGGCGCAAUGCCCGUCCCCAACACAUCUGCAGAUCUUCUUAGCAUUAACAGAAUGCAAACAACAUCUGCUGCUUAUGGAGAUCCCACUUACACUACAUCUGCUUCUCCUGUCAACCACCAAUUUGCACCUACAUCAGCUGCCCCCUAUGACACGCUGGGCUACGCACCCGCUCCUGUGCGCCCCCCACCCUUUGGUCUCGCUCCGGCUGAUGACCACGCCAGAAGAUACUCACAGCAUAGCAUCCAGGAUGAACGGAGGAGCUUUGCAGAUGCUCUCGAUGCCAGCCAUGGCAUGCUGGCCAUGAGCCAGGAGACACCUCGACCUAUCUAUGGCGCGCGAAGUGAUCGAUCCUCUGUUGAUUCCUAUGGAUUCCCUUCUACCCACUCAACUAGUUCUUCUAUCUCUUCCAGCGGUAACUUUAGCUCUUACUAUGGUGAUUCCGUUUCUGAUUACUCAACUGCGGGUUCUGAUAUUGAGUCGGUGUCUUCGAGGACUUUACCCAGACCUCAAGGCCUGAUGGGCUCCCAGAUCCCGCCUGCCCCCCAGUCCAUGAUGGGCCAGUUCAGCUCCAAGGUUUCAUCCAGCACACAGAAGAAGCAUAAAUGCAAGGUCUGCGAUAAACGAUUUACUCGACCCAGCUCUUUGCAAACCCAUAUGUACAGCCACACAGGCGAGAAGCCUUUUGCUUGUGAGGUUGAAGGAUGUGGCCGACAUUUCUCAGUUGUUUCCAAUCUUCGACGCCACCGAAAGGUCCAUCGUGGUGACGCUCGCUCUGAGGCUGGCUCUGAAGACCAUCACUCGGACUAGAGACGUUCUACGACGGUCUAAAACCCUUCGAUCAAACACAUUCAUGACGAGCACAGGACACACGUGAAGGAGACUGGAACCUGAAGAGAGGCGACGCAACAACGACAGUCAAAGUGACCGACUGGUUGGUGACAAAUCGCAUUGUUUUAUCACCCGCAAAAAUAUUAUUACAACACGGCUCAGCGCGGCAUAGAGAAAUGGGACAGAAAAGGAUGAGAAAUCAUGGGGGUGGGGAGGAGGAGGACAGCGACGGUGUAUACGAUUCGAGUCUAUCGCUUACGGUGCAUGGGGUCCUUGGCCCUUAAACUCUGGAUUUCACUAUUGGUAUUUUGGGAUGGGAAUGGGCGGAGUGCUGGGCCGACCUACCGAUACCCUUCCACGCGGCGUUUAUGGAGUUGACCAAGCUAUGGUCCUGUCGUUAUUCAUGUUUGGGCACACGAUGCCUUGAGCUAUACUUCGAAGCGAUCGUUCAUGCCCUUUAUUUUAGGGCACCUGUUAUUCUCUCGACAAUAAGGCAUUGUGAGCCUAGGGCAUUACUGAGAUAGCCACGGACGAGCUUUUAGGGGAGGCUUGUACUACUAGUUUCAUAUUUAUGGUCAUGAUAUACCCAGUCCGGACCAUGCACAGCCUGAUCUGUUGAUAAUGGGCCAGGGGCUUCACAGGACAAAAGACAGACCAGGGCGUUGGCAAGAUAUGGGCACGGCAAUGAAGUUGAUGAGAAGAGGUGCAGAUUAUAGAGUGCAAGCAGUUUUACAAGAAUUACACUUGAGAUUAAAACUCGAUCAUGUUGU